AAAUUUAAGGGAAAUUUUGCUUAUGAUCUUUCUGGAUAUAUAUAAAUCCCAAUUGUUCUUCUAUAUCAAUCUGAAACAUAUUCAAAACAGGAAGCAUGAAACUACUGAUACUUUUCGUAUGUAUACCGGUGAUAUUAGCGCACAAAGAAGUAUUCAGCCAUGCUCAUGCAGGUGGAAAAGGUACUGGUUUUGGAGUAGGAUUUAGUGGAGAAAAAGAAGGUGCAGAUGACCACGUUCAAGGAAGAAUUGCGGGCGGCAAAAUUCUUAUAAUUGGAGUUAGAGGUGGAAAAGGAACUGGUGGCGGUGGUUUCGAUGGUGGAGUUGGAGGCGGACAUGGAGGCGGACAUGGUGGUAUUGGUGGAGGAAUUGGUGGCGGAAAAGGUACUGGUGGAAUUAGAGGUGGAAGAGGAAUUGGUGGUGGAAUCGGAGGAGGAUAUGGAGGCGGAAUUGGUGGAGGAAUUGGAGGUGGACGUGGAGGUAUUGGAGGAUUAGGUGUCGAAAAAGGUGGUGGACUCGGAGGCGGACGUGGUGGAGGCAUUGGCAGUGGACAUGGUGGUAUUGAUGGUGGAAUAGGAGGUGGAAAAGGUGGAAUUAGAGGUGGUUUAGAUGGAGGAAUUGGAGGUGGAAAAGGUGGCGGACUUGGAGGCGGACAUGGUAGUGGAAUUGGAGGCGGUAAAGGAGGUGGAUUCGGAGGUGGACGUGGUGGAAGCAUUGGCGGAGGACAUGGUGGUAUUGGUGGCGGAAUUGGAGGUGGUAUUGAUGGAGGUAUUGGAGGAAUAGGUGGAGGAAAAGGUGGCGGACUUGGAGGCGGACAUGGUAGUGGAAUUGGAGGCGGUAAAGGAGGUGGAUUCGGAGGUGGACGUGGUGGAAGCAUUGGCGGAGGACAUGGUGGUAUUGGUGGCGGAAUUGGAGGUGGUAUUGAUGGAGGUAUUGGAGGAAUAGGUGGAGGAAAAGGUGGCGGACUUGGAGGCGGACAUGGUAGUGGAAUUGGAGGCGGUAAAGGAGGUGGAUUCGGAGGUGGACGUGGUGGAAGCAUUGGCGGAGGACAUGGUGGUAUUGGUGGCGGAAUUGGAGGUGGUAUUGAUGGAGGUAUUGGAGGAAUAGGUGGAGGAAAAGGUGGCGGACUCGGAGGUGGACAUGGCGGCGGAAUUGGAGGAAUAGGUGGAGGAAAAGGUGGCGGACUCGGAGGCGGACAUGGUAGUGGAAUUGGAGGCGGUAAAGGAGGGGGACGUGGUGGAAUCAUUGGCGGAGGACAUGGUGGUAUUGGUGGCGGAAUUGGAGGUGGUUUAGACGGAGGAAUUGGAGGCGGAAAAGGUGGUGGAAUCGGAGGCGGACAUGGUGGCGGCAUUGAUGGAGGAAUUGGAGGUGGACAUGAUGGUAUUGGAGGCAUAGGUGGUGGAUUCGGAGGCGGACGUGGUGGAGGCAUCGGUGGUGGAAUUGGAGGCGGAAAAGGUGGAAUUAGAGGUGGUUUAGAUGGAGGAAUUGGAGGUGGAAAAGGUGUCGGACUCGGAGGUGGACAUGGUAGUGGAAUUGGAGGCGGUAAAGGAGGUGGACUCGGAGGUGGACGUGGUGGAAGCAUUGGCGGAGGACAUGGUGGUAUUGGUGGCGGAAUUGGAGGUGGUAUUGAUGGAGGUAUUGGAGGAAUAGGUGGAGGAAAAGGUGGAGGACUCGGGGGUGGACAUGUUGGAGGAACUGGAGGAAUAGGUGGUGGACUCGGAGGUGGACGUGGUGGAAGCAUUGGCGGUGGAAUUGGAGGCGGAAAAGGUGGUGGACUCGGAGGUGGACAUGGUGGCGGAAUUGGUGGAGGAGUUGGAGGUGGACAUGGUGACGGAAUUGGAGGCGGAAAAGGUGGUGGACUCGGAGGUGGACAUGGUGACGGAAUUGGUGGAGGAAUUGGCGGUGGAAAAGGUGGCGGAAUCGGAGGAGGUAGCGGUGGUGGACUCGGAGGUGGACAUGGUGACGGAAUUGGUGGAGGAAUUGGCGGUGGAAAAGGUGGCGGAAUCGGAGGAGGUAGCGGUGGUGGUUUCGGAAGUGGAGGAGGAGGUGGGUUUGGCGGUGGAUUUGGUGGUGGAUUUGGUGGUGGGUUUGGAGGUGGUUAUGGAGGUGGCUUUGGAGGUGGAGCUGGUGGAAUUAAAAAAAAAUGUACUUAA